AUGGCCAAACAUUUGGUGGUGGUUUAUGUUGUAACGGCAGGUCAGCAUGGAGACGGCUUGGGAUGUGAUGAACAAGAGAUCGUUAUGAUCACCUGGCUGGUGGUGGAUAUUACUAAUAACAAGGUGGUGGCUAUCCAACAAAAUGUGGUCAAACCUAGAUGUUACGAUAUCAACGAUAACCUUCUAUCUGAUACCUGCAGAAAUGAAAUAGGUCUCGAGGAUGAGGUCAUCAAAAAUGGACAGCCUUUAGAACAGGUGUUAGAACAGUUCGACCAAUUCGUGCGAACAAAGUUGGACAACAGCUUAGGAAGGACAUUCCACUUAAUCACGGACGGUCAGUUACACCUGAGGCAAGUUAUUCAUCCUGAGGCCUGUCAGAAGAACUUUCUGCUCCCAGACUACUAUACUUCGUUUUUCGAUCUCAGAAAAGAAUUUCGGAAGUUUUACGGAACCAACGAUGUUCACUCUAUACAGGAUAUGCUGAACUUUCUUAAUUUAGAUAGCGAUGAAGCAACAGACUUUUCUAUGCGUCAGGUACAGGACAUGGUCAAGAUCAUUUUUCGUCUUAUUAGUGAAGGACAUCAAUUUGAAGAACCAGAAACGAUUAGUCUGGUUUUAGAACCAGGAAUAUGUUCGAAGAACGAAGUGGUAGAUAGUAAUACGGUAGUUCGAGCUAGAGGACUCCCAUGGCAAUCGUCCGAUCAGGAUAUCGCCAAAUUUUUCCGAGGAUUGAAUAUUGUCAGGGGUGGUGUGGCUUUAUGUCUCAGUCCCCAGGGCAGGAGGAACGGAGAAGCCCUGGUUCGUUUCGUCAAUCAGGAACAUCGAGACAUGGCCCUCAAGCGUCACAAACACCAUAUUGGUCAACGCUAUAUCGAAGUAUACCGUGCUACUGGAGAAGAUUUCGUCAAUGUGGCAGGAGGUAGCAACCACGAAGCUCAAACGUUUCUUUCGAGAGGGGGUCAAGUUAUCGUUCGGAUGAGGGGUUUACCUUAUGACUGUACCCCACAGCAGGUGAUUGAAUUUUUCGCUACUGGAGAUAUUGUUUGUCAGGUGAUGGAUUCGGAAGAAGGAGUGUUAUUCGUUCGAAAACCAGACGGUCGAGCUACUGGAGAUGCUUUUGUUCUAUUCGAGACAGAGGAGAUGGCUGGAAAAGCAUUACAGAAGCAUCGACAAGUAAUAGGAUCGCGUUACAUUGAGUUGUUUAGAAGUACUACAGCUGAAGUUCAACAGGUAUUAAAUAGAAGUUUAGAUCCUCAGAGCUACGAUCAGCCUCAACCAUUAAUUGCCAAUCUUCCUCAAGUCCCUUUAUUGCCUCAACAGUUGCUUCCUUCUGGAUCUCGAAGGGAUUGCAUUCGAUUAAGAGGCCUUCCUUAUGAAGCUCAAGUUGAACAUAUUCUAGAAUUUUUAGGAGAAUAUGCUAAAAAUAUUGUCUUCCAAGGUGUUCACAUGGUGUACAAUGCCCAAGGUCAGCCUUCGGGUGAAGCUUUUAUUCAAAUGGACUCAGAGCAUUCUGCAUAUAUCGCUGCGCAACAGCGACAUCAUCGAUAUAUGGUGUUCGGAAAGAAACAGCGAUAUAUCGAAGUAUUUCAAUGUUCCGUUGACGAUAUGAAUCUGGUAUUAACCGGAGGCAUACCUGUACAAAGACCUUUAUUUGCAUCAGGUGGUCUAUUAACGUCUACGAGUGGAGCUGUACUUCCGUCUGCGUAUGGAACUUAUCCUUAUGUCCAAUCGGCUCAGGUGCUUCCGACUUUAGCACCUCUUACGCCACGUGUACCAACUUAUUAUACACCUAUCUUCUACUGGCCAUAUCCCAGUCCUCCAGUAUCGCCUACAACUUAUUAUCCGCACACUGGUCCGACCAUGGUAAUUCUACGCGGUCUACCAUACACUGCUACUGUGGUGGAAGUUCUCAACUUUUUCCAGGGUAUUGCUGAGCUGUCACCGGAAUGCAUUCAGUUGCAGAGGAACGGCGACGGUCGACCUAAUGGAGAAGCUUUGGUGACAUUCCCCAGUAGAGCCGACGCAGAACGUGCAAUCCAGGAAAAGAAUCGUCAUAACAUGGGAAAUCGCUACAUAGAAUUAUUUAUGGCAUAACUCGACCAAUAGGAUUCUUCCUGCCAAGACACGUGACGGCCAAGUCCGCCAAAAAUUCGCCAUGACAGGCUCUUUGUAAGAUUUUUAAUUUUUUUUUUUUGUUAAGUGUCGAUAUUUAAAAAAAAGAAAAAAAUGUUUAUCGUUUGCUUAUUUUCUAGCCUUUAUUCAUAAUUUAUUUAUAUAAUGCUUGCCACCUAGACUAUUUGUCUGGCGUGAAAAAUUUUUAAGUGCAUUCAAAGUGCCUUACAAUGUACAAUAUAUACAUAUAUAUACACUAAAUAUUUUUGUAUGUGUUUGUAUUAAAUCAUCGCCGACUGUAUGUCCGUCCAUGUAGUAGUGCCUUAGAGACGCGUUCUCAAAUUCUGCGCAGAUUCCGUCGAGUAUUUGUGUUCGAUUUAUAGAGCUCAUGUAAAAAGAUACAAAAGAAAAAAAAAAUCUAUAUUGAACAGUUUGAGAAAGUAGAAUGGCUUGCUACAAUGCCAUGUGUGGAUAUUUUUGUUGAUUAAAGUCUGCCAAAGAUAUGUAGGUGUACCAGCAUGAUUCGUCUCGUGUGUUCAAAAAAAAAAAAACAAAAAAAAAAAAAUAUUAGCAUUAGUCAGUUAUGUAAAGUUAACGCAUGCUCGGCGUAUAUAAUUACUAUAUUAUUAUAUUAAUUUUAUUAAUAUUUUAUUAAUAUUAUUGUUACUAUUUUAUGAUAUUCUUAAAUACAUUUAGAAUCCAUAUACAAAACCAGGUAUAACUGGUUCCAUAAUCCUAUAUUUUUGAAACGUGUAUAUUUAGCAUAAUUACUAAUAAAACAUCAAUGAUCUGCACUUUUUUUAAAAAAUAUUAAGUCGCUUUUUUUUCCGAUAUCCCUAGUCUUGUUUAAGUGAGUUGCUCUCACAAAAAAAAUAUUGUUAGUGUAGAGCUAGCGCAAUUGCUGUCUAUGUAUGGUCCAGUCGAACCCUAAGAAGUGUGAUGAUAAAUUUUAAUGUUAGGUCCAUUUGUGUGUGGCCGAGAAAUUCCAUUUCUUCAACUGGUUCCCAUAUAUUUUUACAACAGCAUUUACGUUCUCUCUACUCGUUAGAUAUUGCAUUGAUGCAAAAUUGUGUAUCUUUUCUGAUAAAAAAAAAAAAAAAUUGUUAUUGUUCCGUAUCGUAUAUGUUUUAUACGUCAAAAAAAAAAUGUACAUGUUCGUUAUUAAUUUUGAGAUAUUCCAAUGUCAAUAUUUGUGAUCCAAUCAAAAUACGUUGGAAAAUUUCGGAGAGUGACGGCCAAGCGCAGAACAUCUCUUUUGAGAGGAUGCAAUACUUUCUGUGGCUUGUUAAAUCGGCCUAUGCAAUAUGAUGUGUAUAUUUUUAAUAUUUUUUAUGUCUGCUUGAUUUACUUGAUUGAGAAAUAAAAUUUUCAUUGUAUUGCAAA